GGAUGCUGCAGCCCAACCAGAAGCCUGACGGCCGGACGGUGUUGCUGGUGAACAGUCCCCGGCCCCCGGCCCCGGCAGUACAGUCUGCCCCCCAGCCCCAGCCGCGGCCCUCGGGAGGCGGGGUGGCAGAGCUGCUCCAUACCGUCCAGGGAGGGACCGCCUCGCUCCAGACGGUCGUCAGUCCAGUCAGCCAGACUGUCAUCCCCUCGCAGGGUUUGUCGACGACUCCUCUGAGCCUGCCCCUGGCGGCAGCAGGCCCCCCCCGGACUGUCCUCGCCCACAGCCGGCCUCCGGUUCCCUCCGCUCACGUCACCGCCCUCCCCAUGAACGCAGCCCGGCCUUUCCCGCUCUCGGCGCUGCGGGUGGCCCCAGCCUUGCAGCAGCAGCAACCGGGGACGGCGGCAUACACCGUGCAGGGAGCGACGGCCUCCUCCUCUGUCCUGGCACACCCUCCCCCUCCUCCUCCUCCCCAACCCCCUCCUGCAGCCACUCUCUCCUCAUCUCCUGUCGGCCUGCCGCAGCGCUUCGUUCUUUCCCCAGACCUACAGGCCCGACUGCCCACGGGCGAGGUGGUGAGUAUUGGUCAGUUGGCGUCUCUGGCUAACCAGCAGUCCGGCCACCCAGUCAAUCCAGGCAGCAAGCCCGUCACCUUCCAAAUCCAGGGCAACAAGCUGACGCUGGCGGGAGCCCAAGUCCGGCAAGUGGCUGUCGGCCAGCCUCGGCAACUGCAAGGUAACAUGGUUCACUUGGUAUCUACCGGUGGGCAUCACAUCAUUGGGCAGCCAGCCCAGCUCGCGCUCAUUCAGGCCAUGGCACAGCAGACUGCCCAGCCGGCAGUGGGAAUCCAGACACCGCUGCAGACGGUCACCGGGACUCAGUCUGCCAUCUCCACCGCUGCUGCUUCGCCUGGGUUGGCAGUGCCAAUCGCGGCUGCCCAAGGUAUGAUGCCACCCCCCCCCUUUUCCCGGUGUAUACGAGUGAAUGCCCCUUGCUUCUGCUCUCUUUUCCUGUAGACACAGACACCUGUG